UAUAAAAAGAAAAAUAUACUUAAUUCGAAAACGUAUUUCGAAUUGCUAGGCAGAAGACAAUACAAUGGUAAAUACUAAGUAUAUAGCUUGUACAUUUUUGUACCUUUUGGUACUCCCAACUCCAAAUUUUGCAAACGUAAGCUCAGGAAUUCAAAAUGGAGAGAUUCAAAAUGAAGCAUGUGGAAACCCUGAAAUUGAACUUGUUCCCGGAGUUAAACUUGAUGGCGUUGUUCCAAAUUCAGUAGCUUUACUUCCAAACAUUGGAAGUAAUUUGCCUGCUGGUAUCGCUUCAGAAACCGAAUUGUUAAAAAUUUUAAGUACUGAAGCUUUGAUAUCCGAUCUUCCUCCUAUCACACUCGUUAACAUCAUAUUCUACUUGGCUUCCUCUACCACUUUAUUGUCAAAUAUACCUUCCCCGUGUAUUGUAAAUUUAAUUAUUACAUUAACAAAAGCACCAAAGCUCUUGUGCUCGCUUACUCAACCAGCACUUUAUGCUUUACUUGCCGUUAUAACAAGCAACCCUGGAAAUAUUACACAUGUACCCCUUCCCAUAUUAGCUAAAUUUAUUACUCUUUUGCUUUCAACAUCACCAGGCACUCUUUAUUCUGCUCCCACCUCAACUUUGGCCAUUUUAAUAGGCCAAGUAACAUCACCAAUUAUCUUAUCUGCGUUGCCACAUAAUGCACUUCUCAAUCUGAUCACGCUAUUAUCUCUAAAUGUAGGACUUUUUAAUGCUUUACCUAUUUCAACUAUUGUAUCACUUUUAACAUACUUAUCAACAUCACCAAGUAUACUCACCGCAUUACCACCUAGUACACUGUUCGAUUUCUUGGAAAAUUUGUUUGACACUUUUGCUGACUCUACACCAUUCCUUGUCAAUGUCGUACCUACCGCUAUCCUUGCUAAAAUUCUUUCAACAGUACUCACGCCUUGUAUUUUGACAGUUCUUCCAACAAAAACGUUUAACCUACUUUUAUGCGUUCUUGGAUCGGCCCCAGCAUUAUUAGGAGCAUUACCUACAUGUACAAUAGUUUCACUCCUCACUGUUUUGGCUUCUUCGCCAAAUAUUUUAGUUGACAUCACUCCAACCUUCCUUGUCAACAUCCUUGUACAAAUUGUUACAUAUCCAAACUUAUUAACUGCCAUACCUUUACAAUUGAUCAUUGCGUUGCUAAAUGCUGUUGCCACUUACUUGCCAACCGCUCUCAACGCCAUACCUCCUUUUGUAUUGAACACAUUAUUAGGUUGUGGUAUUCCCGCUUAAGAUUGCUGAUUUUUUAAAUUACAUUGUUAAAUACAUUUUUUCGUUUGAAAUAUAAAACGAAAACUUGAGAACUUAUAAUUACGAGUGAACAUAGGUAAAUCAAAAUCUAUUUCAAAUUGUACUAGUUUUUAACCAAAAGUUUUACUUUCGAUUUAUAAUAAUUGUAAGCAAAAAUUGUUUCCAUAGCGCAUUUAAAAAACAAAAUAUUUACACUGUUUAAAAUCGUUUUCUAUGUUUUAUAAACCAAUAAACAUUUUAUUUAUUUUUUAAUCUGUAUUUUAACAAAAAAAAAAUAAUAAUCAUUAAAUACAACUUUUUAAGUGUUUUAAUUUACUUAUGUUUUUAAAAAUACUUUAAAAAAAAAACAUUUAUACUAUUAAAAUUGGAUAAAAUUCAAUUUUUUAUAUUAAUUAUUAUUAUUUAAAUUUUUACUAUCUAAAAUAUUUAUUUUUUAAUAUUAGGAAAUAUCUGUACAAUAUUCGAUAUCAGUGAAAAUUUUGUUCUAUGAUUUAAGACAUUUAAAAUACAUAAUAGUAAAAUUUGCACAAUGUAGAUUGUUACAGAUAUAUAUUUAUUUUUUAUUUUACAACUAAGUAUGGCAAAAUAAUCCAGUAAGUUUUUAAAAAAGAAGGAAUUCCAUACAAUUUACAAUUAGGUACAACUUACAUAACAUAAAUGAUACCAUCUUCAAUAUAGUAAUUCAGAAUAAUAAUUAAUUAAUUUUAAUUAAAAAUGAAUUAUUUAAUUAUCUAUUAUUAUUUGAUUAAAGUUUAAUAAUUGUUAUUAAUUUGCUUUUAACAAUAUAGCUGAAAAUUUACAGACAAAAUCAACUUUUUUUAACUCAUUGCAAGUUUUUAAUAUUCUGUAUUUAUAUGUAGAGUAAGAACAAAGAUACAUUAUAAUUUCAUUAAAAUAAAUCAAACUUAAUAGUUCCGAAAAUAAUUUUUUUUUCUUUAGUCAAAUAAAAUAAUAGUCCUUUAGAUAAGGCUUUUUAAUAUAUAAAUUUUUAGCUGAAAUAUUUUUUUUUGCAACUACUAGUUAAAAACAAAUCUUUUUAUGCAUUCCAAUUCAUGUAACAACUAUCUACACAAUGUAUUGUAUUAAACAAUUUUACGGGAGACAUUUUAAUCGCUAUUAGAUUUAACUAAGUUAUUUAUACUUAUAAAAAUAACUGGCGGUGCUAAAAUUGCUUAUUAAUUGAAUUAGGUGGUUUGAAAUUAUUUAAAUUUAAUUAUAAUAAAUUGUUUAAAAUUUAUCGAAUGUAAAAUAAAAAUGAAAAAUACAUUUUAA